AACAUUUUCUCUGUCAGUUUAUCUUCCUCAGCUGAAGGAGUUAAGUUAGAAAACUGAAUUAAAGUCUUGUGGUCUUUAAUCCUAAAAUCUGCUCGAUGGGACCCGAAGAGAGGGAUUGGCUGGACAUGGCAAACAAUGUUUUGUUGAAAUGUCACAUUAACCUGAGGCUGGAAAGGAUCUCGGAGUGUGAUGCAAAUGUGUUUGUGGCUUUGUAUGAGGCAAUCUUAGGAGAGAAAGUACCAGAUUAUGUAGCUGCAGAGCGCCAGGAAGAUGACAUCCACAAUAUGCAAUCUGUAAUUGACUCGUUGGCUUUAGACUACCUUCAGAUUAGUUUAUCUCACAUCACAGGUGAGAAUAUAGUUAGAGGAGAAAAAGAAUCUGUCAGAAACUUGUUGGAGAUUUUUGAUGGUCUGCUGGACUACCUCAUAGAGCAGCAGAGUGACGAGGAGCCUCAACUUAAAGGGCUCAAUGGAAAGACCAAUGCAGCUUAUCAGUCUCAAAAUCAGGACACGGGCAAGAUGCAGUGUCAGCCCUUAACCAUUCAGCUCAGAGAUAGAGAUGGUUCUUUGUCUUUGCGUAGCCAGAGAAAUAAGGAGGCAGAGCAAGAACUACAUGAUAUGUCAGAGAAGCUAUCUCGCCGUUUGGAGGAACUUGAUCUGAUGUUGCAGCGUGCUCUGAGUGAAAUUGGGGAGAUGUGUGAGCCAGGAGAGGAGGAUAAACGGUCUCAUCAUAGCGACAGCAUCAUGGAGUGUGUCAAAAGUAUGUCAAGUUCACGCCAUUCCAGAGCUCAUGCACACUCGUUGCCCCCCUUUCCUUCACCUGUACAGCACACUAUCCAGCAAGAUGCUCUGACCAGAGACUCAUACAAUGCCAGUCUUAACCAGCAGCACCAUAGAAACACACAGUUCACGGAAUCAAUCCGUAAAGAUGAACUGAAGCAAUUAGUGCAGCAGGAGCAAACAGAUAUCACCACUGAGAGACUCAAUGUUCAGAAAACGGAGCUUGAAUACCACCAGGCAGUGUGUCGAAAUGCUUCUUCUGUUCACAGUUCCUGCACCAAGUCACCUUGCUCUCGAUCCUCCGGAGCUAAACUCCAACACACAGCCAGAAAAGAGAUACAUUCUGUGAAAUUGAAGGACAACAAUCUUCUUCCCAUUCUGCUGGAGGAGUUUCAACGGGUGCAGCUCUCUCCUCAUACUUUGUCCUGUAUGUGGAAACAGCAGCUCCAACAGAUUGACCAACUCAGCUCCUCCCAAAACCAGAACAGACAGACAGAGUCCAAACUUUUAAAACAACUAGAAGAAGCUCAGAAAAGACAUGGCAUGCUGGUGCAGAUAAUCCACAAAGAAAAAGAACACAACCGUCGCCUGAGAGAGUUCAAGGAGAGGAUCCAACAGCAGAAGUCAGCUCAGAAUAAGCUUAGAGAACAGAGGCAACAGGUUGCUCGUGCUAAAAAAUAUUACAGCGUCUAUCAUGUUCAGCUACGUGCCAGACUGAUGCAAGCAAAGACACAAGAAGAGCGAAAGCUCAAGCAGAUCUUUGAAGAAGGAUUGGAAUUACAGAAAGCUCGUCUGAGAGAGCAGCGGGCAUAUUCUAAAGAACUGCGUCAGGAGAAUUACCACAAAUUAAAAGAUGAGAUUGAGGCCAUGGAGAACUACUACAGAGACCAGUUUUCUUUAUUGGCCGAAACCUUAGCCCAUGAAAGACAGGACAUACAAAUUUGUAAGAAAGCACAGGAAAAGGCUCUGCAGAAAAUGAAAAGAGAGUUAAGAAAUAAGAUGGAGAAAGAGAUUGGUGAGCUGCAGAAUGUCAUCAUUCACAAUGACGAAAAUAAUUAUUUCAGAGACUUGGAUGUGGAACGCAUACAGAAGCGUGUACAAAUGGCAUCUUUCCAGUACACCACCAGCUGUGUGCAGUAAUCACUAGCCAAUUAAGCUGUGAUUGAUGUUGAUCUCCUAUGUCUUGCAUACGUUAUUCUUUAGGUAGAUUACCUUGAAAUUAAGUAGAUGAAAUGUAAUUUGUGAACCGCUUGUACUUACAUAGCUCUUUUAAAACAUUAACAUUACUGUAAUAUUGUUUUUAUUGUAUUUAAUGUCAUUUAAUAUUAAAUAUUUGUAUCAAUA